AUGGCGUCCGACGCACAAGACUGGUACUCUGAUGGCUCAGAUCCCGAGGACCAUACUACUUCGGAUGUCAUUGUGAUCGGAGCCGGCGUACUGGGCUGCACUGUCGCCGUCGCACUGGGGAGGCAAGGGCGGAAAGUCACAGUCGUCGAGCGAAGCCUGAAGGAGCCGGAUCGGAUUGUUGGUGAGCUCCUCCAACCAGGAGGGGUCAUGGCGCUGGAAAAGCUUGGAAUGGCCGAUUGCCUGGAAGGCAUCGAGGCCGUGCCGGUCAGAGGGUACGAGGUGAUCUAUCAUGGGGAACGUGUACAUAUCCCUUAUGAGUAUCCGGACAUUGCGACCGGGCAGCCUGAAGAGGACGCGAUCGAACCCAAGUCCAAACCGAGGCCGCAAGGGCGAAGUUUCCAUCACGGCAGAUUCAUACAGAAACUUCGAGACUCGGCAAGGCGGACGCCCGGGGUGACACUCAUAGAAGCGACUGCGAAGGAGCUCGUGCACAGCCGACACACGCGUGACAGAGGAAGGGUCAUAGGCGUCAAAACUUCGACUGCUGAGAAGGACCACAGCUACUUCGCACCUCUCACCAUCGUCGCCGACGGAUACGCUUCCAAAUUCCGCAAGGGCUAUGCCAAACAGGAUCCCGUGGCCAAGUCAAGGUUUUGGGGGAUCGUGAUGAAAGACGUCCCUCUACCCCAACCUGAGCACGGCCAUGUCGUUGUCGGCAACGGUGCGCCGAUCUUAUUAUACCAGAUCUCACCGAAUGAGACACGCAUUCUUGUGGACGUCCCCAACGAUGUGAAACCUUCAUUGGGAGAGAGCGGGGGCACGAAAGCUCACAUACGACGUCAUGUUCUCUCAAGCAUACCCGAAUCUAUCAAGCCAAUGUUCGAGAGGGCGUUCGAGGACGGCGGCUUGAAGUCAAUGCCGAACCAGUGGCUUCCACCGACCACGAACAAAACUCCCGGGACGAUCAUGCUUGGAGAUGCGCUCAACAUGCGACAUCCUUUGACAGGUGGAGGCAUGACAGUUGCAAUAAAUGACGCCGUGCUCAUCGGUGAGUUGCUGAGUCCUCAGACGGUGCCGGACCUGUCCGACACGGAAGCUGUGCUGGCUCAGAUGGCGAAGUUUCACUGGCAAAGGAAAAACCUAGACUCGGUCAUCAACAUCCUGGCGCAGGCCCUGUACUCUCUAUUUGCUGCUGAUGAAAUAGACCAAUAUCUGAAAGCACUGCAGCGUGGCUGCUUUGCUUACUUCCAAUUCGGCGGCAACUGCAUCAAUGGCCCAGUUGGCUUACUGGCCGGCAUCAUUCGCAGGCCGACUGUGCUGAUAUAUCAUUUCUUCUUAGUUGCACUCCUGAGCAUGUGGCUCCUGGUGCGUGACAGUAAGCCGUGGAUGAUGCCUCUGAGAGCGCUGCAGAGCUUUGUGGUAUUUGGCAAGGCUUGCCAAGUCAUAUUCCCCUUUUUGUUUUCGGAACUUCGGAGCUGA